AUGGAAUAUUUAUUUGACAUUUAUACUAUCGUUUGUCUGGUUGGAAUAGCAUUAUCAGUUUAUGCUUGGCACGUAGAAAGAAACAAAAAAUGCGACAAGGAUUAUAUAGCCUUCUGCGAUUUAGGUGCCAACAUGCAGUGCUCCAGGGUCCUGACAUCGGAAUAUAGUGUUGGUUUUGGCAUCUUUGGGACAUAUUUAGGCUGUGACAGCAUUCUCAACAGGCCAAACUGUGAACUUGGCAUGAUAUUUUAUGCUGCUCAGAUAGUUGUCUUAACUUUAUUAGGUCCUUUUGCCAGUGUAUUUUUAUUUCUCUGUAGUUUUGCCUCCUGCAUCAUGUCAGUCUACCUAGCUUACCUGCUGGCUUUCAAAUUAAAAGAUAUCUGUGUUGUGUGUAUUUCUACAUACAUUGUCAAUUUCAUUUUGUUGUACAUCUCGUUUAACAGAUUAUAG